GGGCAACAACAAAUCCCACCGUAUCACACACGGCACACACAACAAAAGAACGGCUCGUCACGAUCGGACGUGCUGUGUUCUGGCCUCUCGUAGGAAUCGGUUUCCAAUUCAAAUCUUUUUCUGAGCCUCCCGAAUUCAAUUGCGCGGUUCGCCAUCUUUCCAGUGGCGCACAGACUUUUUUCACCCCGGUCCACGCCGAAAGCUCCUACUCACGUCGCCGCUGCGCUGUUCGCGUUUCGCUUUUGUGUUUUCCUCGCAUUUCCACCGACGCUGGCAGUGAAUUGAUUCCGUGCUGGAUGACUAGGCGAAUUAACGGCUACCGCAUCUAUUUUUUAACUAUUGAUCGGCGCGAUAUUGUAUCCGACUCUGUGUUGAUUUUGUUGUACUCUUUCUUAUCGAUUUGUAAUCUGUUGUCGGUUUUUUGUCGACUCUCCGGACGGAAAAAAAUUGUUGCAAGUUCAGCCUGAUCCGAGUCGAUUGUGGGUUCCAAGAUGAUGUGAUAAAAAUGCAAGUGCAUGGUUUGGUGUUGCACUCAUUCACCACGAAUGAGCAGAGCAAAUAAUGUUCGGCAUCCGGCAGCCUUGAUGUAGCACGCGAAAAGUUGCAAAUUAGUUUGAAUAGUUCACACUCGAGUGUGCUCCAUUGUUCCAUGCCCAAUUGGCCGGAAGUCCAGCCAAAAAUACGUUUUUCGUUAGUGUAAAGACCAAAUACAAUGAGUUCAUUUCUAAUGGGCUACCCGCAUGCACCGCACGUACAAAACCACAUGGGGGCGGGUAUUGAGCCCAAGUUCCCACCGUCCGAGGACUAUCACCACUACAACGGCUACCCAAUGACCCCGGGGAUACCCCAGACUGGAUCCGAGUACAUGUCCCCGCACCACAAUGGCGGGAUCCACCAGAGCUCGAAUAAUUACAACUAUCAUCAAGGAAUUGGCGGCCACUACUAUCAUCACCAUCAUGGCUACGGCUCGCAAAUGCAUUCCAUGCAGAAUAACUCGUACUCGAACAGCGGAUACUAUGGCAGCUACUACGGGAAUAAUGCACAUCAUCAGAUGAUGGAUUUGCCGAUACAGUGUCCGAAUUCGGAGCCAACAAACACUGUUUUAGGAUUACAAGAAUUAGGUUUAAAAUUGGAAAGGCGGAUAGAAGAAGCGGUGCCAGCAGGGCAGCAGUUACAAGAAUUAGGAAUGAGACUGCGUUGUGACGAUACCUGUUCAGAAAAUGACGACCUUCUAGAGGAGGAUCGGCUAAUGCUGGAUCGCUCGCCGGAUGAGAUGGGUUCACAUGGUAAUGAUGUUGACGAGGAAGGUGAUUCAGAUUCCGACCAUGGGGAUGGUGAAAAUGGCGAAACGACGGACGGUGAACGGAUAAUAUACCCUUGGAUGAAAAAAAUUCACGUCGCCGGAGUCGCCCAUGGUCAAUAUCAACCUGGUAUGGAACCAAAAAGACAACGUACUGCCUAUACCCGCCAUCAAAUUUUAGAAUUAGAAAAGGAAUUUCAUUACAAUCGUUAUCUGACACGUCGACGUCGUAUUGAAAUUGCUCACACGUUGGUUUUAUCUGAGCGACAAAUAAAAAUUUGGUUUCAAAAUCGUCGAAUGAAGUGGAAAAAAGAUAAUAAAUUGCCAAAUACAAAGAAUGUACGAAAGAAAAAUGGCAAUGAUCCUAAUAAUACUGCAGCGUCGAAAAAACCAAAAAGGACUAGUAAUAGUAAGAAACAGGCUGUGCAAAAUGAGUGCAUUCGAUCUGAUAGUUUAGAAAGUAUGGGUGACGUGAAUUCAUCCCUCGGCAAUCCACCAUACAUUCCAGCUGCUGCUGAUAUAACUGGGGUAUUGAGUCAACCAUAUUCCUCGCAACCACAGCAAUCUCAACAGCAAACGCAGUCUCAACACCACCAAGCCACGAAUAAUCGAGCACCAAAUAACAAUGGACCAAUGUCAAUGCAAGGAAUGCACCAUCAAACAAUGGUUACGAUGAAUAUUAAGCAGGAUUAUGGAUUAACGCCGUUGUAGGUGACUUGUGAUUAGCAAAAGAUAAAAAUAACUUUCCAAUUGAAAUUUUGUCAAAUAAAAUUUUUACAAAAUAAUUGUACAUCUAAUAACACACAACUAACUUGAUAAAAUACUACAAACGAGAGCAAAACAUAAAUGUAGUGAUGUGAUUUUGUAUUUUUUAAUUAGGAACUUAAGAUAUAAAAUUCUCAGUUGUUAAUUUGCAUAUUCUUGUUUUUUUUUGUCUUUAUGUUUGUUUAUUGUACCAUACAUUAGUUUCCAGAAUCGGGUGGUUAGCAAGGUCUCCAGAAAUUAGUGCCAUAAUAAAAUGUCCCAGCUCCUGAUAAUGGUUAAAGAAUCAUCCACCGCAAAUUUGCAAAAAGAAUAUUUCUUAACGGAAAUGACUUUCAAAGUUGAAUGAAACUAAUGGAGCAACACCACCUGAUUCAAAGUCAAUUCGGAGAAUGCAGUGAACUAGUAUAUAAGCGAACUACCCCUCCUUCAAGUUGUAUUCAGGCAUCGAAUGAUAGAAUCACGGGAUAAGGAAACGGGAAUGGAAAAGGUGUGUGAAACGAUUAUUUUCUCUUUUGUAGAUAUGAAAUUUUUAUCCGUAUCAAUAGCUAAUUUUAAUUUCAAAUUGCAAACCUUAUUUUUCACCAGUGACAAAGAAUAAAAUACUAUUUGAAUCGCUAUUUUCCCCUUUCAUUAUUUGAAAGCAAACCCUUUUCCAAAAACAAGUUUGCAGUUUAAUUUAUGGAAGCUGGUGCGAAAAUAGAUCUGAAGGUUUUGUAAAGUAUGUACAUGGUUAUAUAAGUAAGUUAAAUGCCGACCUGAUAGACAAUAUAAUGUAAGAUAUAUAUGUAGUAUUAUUAUUAUCUUAUUUUUAUCUCAAUAUCUAGAAAAUAAAUCAUUAUCUUGUAUGCCUAUGUUGAGUUAUAUAAAAAGGUGUAAAAUUUAAAUUAACACACGAGUUUAUAAAUGAAAAACCUAAAAAAUUAAAAAAAUAAAAAUACAUACAUUCGGAAUUAUUGUGCGGGCCCAUGAAAGCACGCAAAUAAUUUAAAUAUAGAUAUAAAUAUAAAUGCAAGUUAUAUUUACAAAUUAAGAGCUAAGUACGGA